UCUUUGUUUCUUCUAACAUUUACUUACCCACCAUCUUCGUAUUUUCCUUCACGAUAUUCUCGAGUUUUCUUCUUCUUUCUCCUUUCCCGGAGCAAAACCUUUCAAAAAGUCAAACCUUUGGACUUCAAUCCAAUAAAAAAAGAAAUAACCAUGACAAACUACGGCACAAUCCCGACAUCUUCGUCGGCGGGACCGUCGGCGAACAUCGAAUACCUAUCUCGAGCGAAGGAACGUAUCAAAGAAGGGCUCGCAGAUCGUCGUCCAUGGAAACUUAUGUUCAACAUACGCUCCUUCAACUUCCCCGGGAACAUAUCCGAUGCUAUUUCCAGGGUUAGAAGUAACGUUGCUUACUUCACCAUGAACUACGCCAUGAUCGUGCUUUUCAUCCUUUUCCUCAGCCUUUUAUGGCACCCCGUCUCCCUUAUAGUCUUCGCAGCCAUGAUGGCCGCCUGGUUGUUCUUGUACUUCCUACGGGACGAGCCUUUAGUUGUUUUCCGCCGUACCGUCGACGACCGUGUGGUGCUGAUCGUCCUGGGGGUUUUGACCAUCGUCUUCUUGCUGUUGACGGAUGCGACGCCGAAUAUUUUGUGGUCGCUUUUGAUUGGCGCGGUUGUCGUCUUGGUCCACGCUUCCUUCAGGAGGACCGAUGAUUUGUAUGAUGAGGAAUCUACUGGCUUGAUAUCUUCUCCAUGAUUCCUGGGUUUACUUCUUUUCUUUUCAAUGCUAUUCUUUGUUUGGUUUUAGUUAAGUUCUUAUUGGUAAAAGUAUAAUUUCGUUUGUUUGAUUGUGUUGUUUGAUUGAAUGGGAUUUAUUUCUUGUUUAA